UCGCCCUUCUCUCUCUCUCUCUCUCACGAUCUCGAGGGUCGGGUCGAGUCGAGUCGAGAGAGAUCGCUCUCUCUCUGUUUCUCUCUCCCUCUCCCCUGAGAGCCCUCUUUUCGCGGCCUUUUACUCGAAACCCGCUCAAACCCUAAUUAUACACUUCCCUCCCACACCUUUCGAGCCCUACCACAGCUCGAUUUCUCCGCGAAAUCGGCCCCGUUCUAGAAAAUGCAGCAUCAGAGGCUGAAGCAGCAGCAGCAACAGCAGCAGCAACAGCAUCACCAGCAAGCCUUGAUGCAGCAAGCAGCCCUCCUCCAGCAGCAGUCUCUCUACCACCCCGGCCUCUUAGCUCCUCCCCAGAUAGAGCCAAUCCCAAGUGGAAAUCUGCCUCCUGGCUUUGAUCCAAGCACUUGUCGCAGUGUGUAUGUUGGAAACAUCCACACGCAGGUAACUGAACCACUUCUUCAAGAGGUAUUUGCAAGCACAGGUCCUGUUGAAGGCUGCAAGCUUAUUAGGAAGGAAAAGUCAUCAUAUGGAUUUAUUCACUACUUUGAUCGGAGAUCUGCAUCUCUUGCAAUAUUAUCUCUCAAUGGCAGGCACUUGUUUGGACAGCCAAUCAAAGUCAAUUGGGCCUAUGCUAGUGCUCAGAGGGAGGAUACAUCAGGCCAUUUCAACAUUUUUGUUGGUGACCUCAGCCCUGAGGUGACCGAUGCUGUGCUUUAUGCUUGCUUUUCAGUUUAUCCCAGUUGUUCAGAUGCAAGGGUUAUGUGGGACCAGAAGACAGGUCGUUCAAGGGGAUUUGGUUUUGUUUCUUUCCGAAGCCAGCAGGAUGCCCAGAGUGCUAUAAAUGAUUUGACUGGGAAGUGGCUUGGCAGUCGACAGAUUCGGUGCAAUUGGGCAACUAAAGGUGCCGGCACGAAUGAUGACAAGCAGAGUUCAGAUUCGAGGAGUGUGGUUGAACUCACUAAUGGCUCAUCUGAUAAUAAGGAGGCUACGAAUAGUGAUGCUCCUGAGAAUAACCCCCUGUACACAACUGUUUACGUGGGUAAUCUUGCUCCAGAGGUGUCUCAGCUUGAUCUUCACCGACACUUCCAUGCCCUUGGAGCAGGUUCUAUUGAGGAGGUCCGUGUCCAGAGAGACAAAGGCUUUGGCUUCGUGAGAUACAGCACUCAUAAUGAGGCUGCCCUGGCUAUUCAGAUGGGAAAUGCACAGCCCUUCCUUUGUGGCAGGCAAAUUAAGUGCUUGUGGGGAAACAAGCCCACUCCUCCUGGAACAAACUCCAACCCACUCCCUCCACCAGCAGCAGGGCCCGCUGCCCUACCUGCUGACUUCAUGGCCUAUGAGCGGCAGCUUGCAAUGAGCAAGAUGGGAGGCAUGCAGGCCCUGAUGGCUGCCCCUCAGGCCCAGCACCACCCUCUCAAGCAGGCGGCAGCAGCAGCCAUGGGAAUGAGCACUGCUGGAGCCAGUCAAGCAAUCUACGAUGGUGGGUUCCAGAACGUGAUGUACUAUCAGUAAACUCGGCGGGAGAUCUUCUGCACCGGUAUUUAAAUUGAACAAAGAAUAUAUAUUUCUGUGGUUUCUGUCUCAUUCAGCAGGCUUUCACCUUCUAGAGUUUUCUUUUUCCUUUUUUAUCCUUUCCCUUUUUUAAGUAUGUAGGGAGCUUUCUGAGUUUCUGAUGUUUGCUUGUUUGUCCAAUUGGUGAGGCUGUUAACCCAAUUUAAUGAUAUAUGCUUGUGGCUCUUGUUUUCGAAAGACGCACAUGAUGUACUCCUGUACGGAGUGUCUGCUCUCGGUUAUAUGAAUAUAUGAGUGGUUGGGUAUGGUCAGUAACAAAAAAUGGUGCUUCUGGUGAGGUUCCUGG